AAUGCACCUGAUCUACUAAAACUUCAAUGCUAUUGCAAACUAAGUAUGUUUUUAACAUUGCACUUUUGUUGCUGACAAAGGUUCUUUAUUUAUUCAGUAUCUUAUCAUUGUUAUUUUAUUCUUUUUCAACAACUUUGCAGCCUCGGCUCUUUGUUGGAAUAGGAAUGCAAGAAGGUCCAAUUUCAUUCAAUUUCAUUGUUCUAAGACCGAUACAUUGGAUGUGUUGGGACAAUGUUUGCAAACCUCGGGAAGAAGGCGGGUUGGGCGUAAAGAACGUUGAGGUUAUGAAUUUGGAUUUGCUAUCUAAAUGUAAGUGGAUGAUUUUAGUGGAUAAUGAAGUCGUAUGGCGUAGGAUUCUUGUUGCAAGAUAUGGCAACAUUAAGUUGAAAUUCCUCAUCAGAGAUAUCUCGGUGAAUUUUUAUGCAAGGCUGGAAAUGGUAAGACGUUGCCAUUCUGGUAUUGCACCUGGGUCGGCAACCAGCCGUUGCAUCUUGUCUUUCCGGAGCUGUAUGCAAACGUUCGGGAUGAUGCAGUUUCAGUCGCGGAUGCUGGACAGAUCACAGAAGGAAGAUGGCGUUGGAAUUCUGCUGCUGUACUGUUCCAUAACAGCAGCGAUUUAGCCCACCAGCGGCUAGAAUUAUGCGACCCGUUAAGUGAAUUUCAGCCCUAUGAAGGAGAGACAGACAACUAUUGUUGGAGAGGCAAUCCCGAAGGUAUUUUCACGGUCAAAUCAUGCUAUAACAUUUUUAUAGCAAAGCUUACAGGUCCGCUGAUUCACCCAUCUAUUGUUAUUAAUGUUGAUCUACUAUGGAAAGUAAAAGUACCUCCAAAAAUUCUUUUUUUCGGGUGGAGAAUUUUUCACAAUAGAAUAGCAACGAAGGAUCAAUUAUUAAAAUGGGGAAUUGCGUUGGAAGGGGGAGAUCAACGGUGUGUGUUUUGUCUUUCGGAGAACGAGAAUUUACCGCAUCUUUUAGGGGGCUGCAUUGUUGUCGCUAAAAUAUGGUGUAAAGUGUUUAACAGGAUUGGUCCGUUAGAUGGUUUAUCAUUGGAGGAGUUUGUGGGAUUUUUUGGGUUUUCUCAUAAGGUGAAGAUUAAAUCUAAGAGGACUAUAGUAGUGAUCAUUUGGCUUGCUACGAUAUGGUGCAUUUGGAUUAGUCGAAACGCGAUCAUUUUCAGAAAUGAGGCGUAUACCUUCACCGAGUGCAUGACGGGAGUAGUUUAUUUAUCUUGGACUUGGCUUCAAUCUUUCUAUGUUCUUUCGGAUAAUUGUAAUUUUCACAUAUGGAAUAUCCUUCCUCUCAAUUGUUUUGAGAAGUAGGAAUUUUCCGCUUUGUUGUUGUCGGUUGGAGUAUCCAUCAUACUCCUUAUUAAAAGCAGUUGCUUAUUAAAAAAAAUGGACCCUCAACACUAUUAUUUCAUGAAAUUGUAUGAAACCAACUUAAACAUUCAGUUUUCAAUUCAA